AUGUUGGGCAGCCUUCUCCUACCCACCAGCCCUCCGGGCCCAAGGGGCGCUGCUUAUUCCCCCACCGCCGUGCCGCCCCUUCCCCCGCGUAGAAAUAGCCUGUCCACUACGCCCGCUGCCAAAACGGCUGCCAAAGUCGCUGUCAAGCUGUCCGGCACCAUGGAGUCGCGCUACACCCGCGCCUCGUCGCCCCGCAGGUCCUACAACAACCCCGCCAGAGCCUCGACCGGUGGCUUCGGCGACCCAUACUACGACUCGUCCCACUAUGGCCGCUCCAGCUCGCCGCGCGCCAGCAUCGACCGUCUGGGCGCUGCCACGUCGUACCACUCGCCCUACUGGAACCAGCCCAGCAGCACCCUGAGUUCCCGCUCCAGCAACCUCAAGUACGACUCGUACACGGCUCGCCCCCGCCGCAACACCAAUGACCUGUCAAGGCCCAAUGUGAGCACCAGCGCCCUUCCGCAGACGUCCCUCCCGCUCCGCACACCCUACUCGCCCCACGCGAGCAGCUAUGCCGACCGGCCCAGAAGCCCGCUGGCCCCUCCUCCGUCUUCCUCUUCUUACGACAAGCGAAGCGACCCCUACGUCACGCCCGUCCCUCCUCGAGGCCAUAAGAAGGUGUACAGCGUCGACGACACCAGCCACCUGACCAAGCUGGUUGCCGAGGUGGAUCCUUCGCGCCACCGAGACCAUGCGGAUAGGGGCUACAAUGUCUCGAGCACCAACCGUGCCUACCAUGAACCCAAGCCCGCAUCGCGCCUGUCCGACCUGAACAGCGAUGGCUACUCUUACACCGACCCCGCCAGCAUGUACCGUGACACGGAGCCCGCCUGGCGGCGGCCACGUGCUGGAAGCAUAGAGCGCAGUUCGCGCCCCGCUAGUAUGGUUGCCGAACGCCCCCCACGCAGCUCGACCCGAGAACUCGGUCCUCCGCCCUCGACUCGAGGCUUUGACAAAAUCAACAGUGCCCCGCGGCCGCAUGCCAGGUCGUCUUCGAGUGACCGAAGCCAGGUGCCCAAGUAUGACGCUUACCCAGACCCGCACAUUGCCCGAUCCUCUUCUACGCGCUCUCGAGCCCCCGCUAUCCACCAAGAGCCCCUUCCGCCUCGCCGAGACACGUACCGCGACGAAUACGAUCGCCGCGAUGUUGAGAACAAGCGCCAUAACACGACUUUUGAAGAUCGUGACGUCACCUCACGAGGAUUCGGCAUAGCCCCCGGUCCUCCGGCCCUGGCCCACGAUCAUCACGCUCUCGAUCGUCAGCCCCUCUAUCCUGCCCAAGAGCCUCUUCGGACUAGGCCUCAGGACCCAAGCACCUCGUACUACCAGCCCGAGCGUGCUGAGGCUCGCAUGCCUGAGGCCCGCAUGCCCGAGACUCGCACUUCUCGAGACCGCGACGUACCCCCUGCAGACUACGACAGACGCCCCCGUGAACGAGACCAUAAAUACGAGAGCAGCAAUGGGUUUAUUCCUACCGCUGCUGGAGCCGUUGCCGGUGUUGCUGCGACCUUGGGCGCGGCCGGUCUGAUCAAGUCCCGUGAAAAGGACCGAAACAGUGACCGAGACUCGUCCGGAGAGCGAGAGCGUGAGCGUCGAAAGGAAUACGACGAGCGCGACCGGCGCGACCGCCCUGACGAGCGCCGUGAGAGGAAGCCCGAGGGUCGCCGCAACUCCUUGGCACCGCCUCAGCCCGCCCCAGUCCCAAUUGUUGCUGCGGCCGCCGCCGCGCCGCCGCCGCCACCCCCCGCACAGAUUGCUGCUCCAGACUAUCCAGCCUACCCUGACCCCGAUGCACGCAAAUACCGCGAUCGCCGACACGACGAAGACGACAAAGAGAAGGUGCCUCUGAGAAAAGGCUCGUCACCCGAAGGCAGCGGCGAUGAACGGCCACGCCACUACGUGGACCGGGAUGCUGAUAGGCGAAAGGACCCUGCACCGCAACAGGCUGCUGUAGAUCCAGAUGAGGAAUACAGACGACGGAUUCAACAAGAAGCCGAGCGUGCCAGCCGCAGCAACCGCGAGCGGGACAGCGACUCUGAUCGAGACAGGGAUCGACGAAGGAGGAAAGACGAGCGUGACAGGUCUCGAUCCCGAGGCCCAGAGGAGCGUUCUCGUGCCUCUCCUCCAAGGGACACGCCCAGCUCCCGUAGUGAUGACCGCUCUUCAGUUACUCACAAUGGAGGCAUGGUGCAGGAGCCUGAGACUCUUGACAAGGAGUCGGAAGCUGCUAGCAAGAGCGUGCAGAUUGUCGAGCCACCCAAGGAGCCUGCGCAACCUGUCAAGGGCAUUCUCCGUAAGCCUACUGCCAAGUUUCCAGAGGACCCCGAGCCUAUCCGCGAGGGCGUAGCACCACACAAGGACGCUCUCAAAGGCAAGGACAUUCCUGUUGGAGCACGCUGGACGAGGAUCGACCGACGUUUGGUCAACCCAGAAGCCUUGGAACAGGCCAAGGAGCGUUUCGAAGAGCGCAUGGACUGUGUAAUUGUACUCAGGGUCUUGACCAAGGAGGAGAUUCAAAAGCUUGCUGAUCGCACAAAGAAGAUCCGCGAGAGCCGACAAUUGGAAGAUGACGAGUACGACCAUGAACGCCGCGAAAGAGAAGAUCGUGAGAGGCGAAGCCGCCGCUCCAAGGACGACAGGGACGACGAUGAUCGCGAUGACGACCGCUAUCAUCACGAGCGCGAACGACGCCACCGUUAUGAUGAUGAGAGUGACUACGACGGCCGCGAUCGAUCUAGAAAGGAAGAGGGACGGUGA